GGGCUGGGCCGAGCUCCCCAGAAGUCCCCGGAGCAGCGAAGGGGCUGAGCAGCGGCAGCGGAAGCUGCGGGCACCCGAGGUGCUGUGGGUGCCAUGGAGUCAGAAGCCUCGCUAUCCCCCACGCUUUCCCGCUCCAUCAAGGAGGAGCUGCUUUGCGCCGUCUGCUACGACCCCUUCCGGGAUGCCGUGACGCUGCGCUGCGGCCACAACUUCUGCCGCGAGUGCGUGACCCGCUGCUGGGAGGUGCAGACGACGCCCACCUGCCCGGUGUGCAAGGACCGGGUGGCGCCCGCCGACCUGCGCACCAACCACACCCUCAACAACCUGGUGGAGAAACUGCUGCGCGAGGACGCCGAGGGAGGGCGCUAUGCCGGCCACCGCUCCCCGCGCUUCUGCCGCGCGCACCGCGGCCAGCUCAGCCUCUUCUGCAUUGAGGACAAGGAGCUGCUGUGCUGCUCGUGCCAGGCCGACCCCCGGCACCUGGGCCACCGCGUGCAGGCAGUGAAGGACACUGCCCACGACUUUCGGGCCAAGUGCAGGAACAUGGAGCACUCGCUGCGGGAGAAAGCCAAGGCCUUCUGGGCCAUGCGGCGCUCUUAUGAGGCCAUUGCCAAGCACAAUCAGGUGGAGGCUACCUGGCUGGAAAGGAGAAUCCGGCAGGAGUUUGAAAAGCUUCGAGAGUUCUUGAGAGGGGAGGAGCAGGCCAUCCUGGAUGUCAUGGCCGAGGAGGCGAGGCAGAAGCAGCAUUUGGUGGAGGAGAAGAUGAAGCAGCUCAAGAAAGACACAGAGACUCUAGCCCAUGAGAUUGAGCGGCUGCAGAUGGAGAUGAAGGAAGAUGAUAUUUCUUUUCUCAUGAAACACAAGAGCCGAAAACGCCGCCUCUUCUGCACCAUGGAGCCAGAGCCUGUGCAGCCUGGCAUGCUGAUCAACGUCUGCAAGUACCUAGACUCCCUGCAGUACCGUGUCUGGAAGAAGAUGGUCAUGUCUGUUGAAACUGUGCCCUUCAGCUUUGACCCCAACACGGCGGCUGGCUGGCUGGCUGUGUCCGAGGACCUCACCAGUGUCACCAACCACGGCUACCGAGUGCAGGUGGAGAACCCCGAGCGCUUCUCCUCGGCGCCCUGCCUGCUGGGCUCCCGCUCCUUCUCCCACGGCUCCCACGCCUGGGAGGUGGACCUGGGCGGGCUGCCCAGCUGGCGGGUGGGCGUGGUGCGCAUGUGCCUGGAAACCGGCCCCGAGGGCUACUCCCACAGCUGCUACCAGGACACUCGCUCUGGCUUCUGGUACCUGUGCCGCACGCAGGGAGUGGAGGGCGACCACUGCGUGACCUCAGACCCGGCCACGUCACCACUGGUCCCCUCCAUCCCACGCCGCCUGCGUGUGGAGCUGGAAUGCGAGGAGGGCGAGCUGUCCUUCUACGAUGCCGAGCGCCAGUGCCACCUCUACACCUUCCAUGCCCGCUUUGGGGAGGUGCGGCCCUACUUCUACCUGGGGGGCACCCGGGGGAACGGGCCCCCCGAGCCUCUGCGCAUCUGUCCCCUGCGCAUCACUGUCAAGAAGGAGCUGGAUACCUGAGGCCCACGCGGAGCCUGCCGGGUGCUGCCCAGGUAAUUUUAAUCGUCAAAUCACCAUGUCCUGGGGACAGCAUUGUAAAAGGAAAAAAAAAAAUUUUAUAGUAGCGAUGUUCUCACUGGGGGAGCGCGUUCCUGACCGAGGAUUGACAUUCUUUCUCCUGCCUGCGCCCUCGGCUCACAGAAACGGAUAUUUUAUACAGACAUGAUGACUCAGCACUAUAAAUCGGUUAUAAAUGUGGCGUGUACUUUGGCAGGGGCCACGGCAAGGACGUGGUAGGAAAUACCGCCGAGUAAAGGCAAGCAGGUUGGGAGUGGGGAUGCUGACACGCUCGUGAGCAGCCCCUGCAGAGGACUCAGACUUGGCAAAGCUCAAAGCACUUUGAUACUGAACACGGGAGGCCAGUGCGCACUCUACAACAAAGUAUUUAUCGAGCCCUUCUAAUAUAAUUUCCAUGUAAUUAUCUUGACCGGAAAUUUUGUUAGUUACAGUAAACUUUUAAAAAUGUUUUUUAUUUCCAUCUUACAUGUUGGAAAAGUUGUGUGUUUUUAACAGCUUGAUUUGGAUAGCCUAGGUCCCUUUUAUGAAAAUAAAAAUAUUUGAGCUAAAA